GCCGCCGCGCGCCCCGCCCGCCUAUGUUGCGCUGAGCCGCGCGCCGCGAGUGCUCUUCAAGUGAUGUCGACUUGUGAUUAGUGCCAUGCUCGUGCUGCGCUGUGCCCUGCUGGCGGCACUGGUCGCCGCCGCCGCCGCCGCCUGGCAGGAGAACGUCAGGCCCAAGGUCUUCGCACAAUUAGGUGUCGACGAUACACACAAGUUCCUGGGAAAUGAAACUCACACGGACUUCUUCAGACUAUUAUUAAGGGAUGGAAAUUAUUUGCUCGUCGGCGGCAGAAAUGUCGUCUACAACCUUAGCCUGACAGACUUAACAGAACAGCGUCGGCUUGUAUGGUACUCGCCAGAGAACGACGUCAAAAUGUGCGUUGUCAAAGGAAAAGAUGAGGAGAGUUGUCAGAACUAUAUCCGAGUGCUGGUAUCUCUUGCUCCUGGAAGGUUACUGGUCUGCGGGACGAACAGCUUCAAGCCCUUCUGCAGGGAGUACAGCGUCCAACGAGACUCAUACCACAUGGAGAAGGAGAAGUCCGGCCAGGCAGUGUGCCCUUACGACCCGGAACAUAAUUCUACAGCUGUAUAUGCUGAUAGUGAAUUGUAUUCGGGCACAGUCGCUGACUUCAGCGGUAUGGAACCAAUCAUAUACCGAGAACCACUACAGACUGAACCAUAUGAUUCAAUGACAUUGAACGCUCCGGAUUUCGUGAAUUCGCUCGUUCAUGGAAACUUCGUGUACUUCUUCUUUAGAGAGACUGCUGUAGAGUAUAUAAAUUGUGGGAAGGCGGUGUUCUCGCGAGUGGCUCGCGUGUGCCGCGACGACCGAGGCGGGCCGCACAGGUUCAAGCAGCGCUGGACCUCAUUCCUGAAGUCGCGGCUUAACUGCUCUGUCGCUGGGGACUUCCCCUUUUACUUCAAUGAAAUUCAAUCAACAACGGAGCUGAUAGAAGGAGUGUACGGUGGCCUAAGCGCACAGCUUAUUUACGGCACAUUUACAACUCCACCGAACAGUAUAUCUGGGAGUGCUGUCUGUGCCUUCAGCAUGCAGGACAUCGCAGACACAUUCGAAGGCACAUUUAAAGAACAGAGCGCUAUUAAUUACAAUUGGCUGCCUGUGAACAGUGCGAAGGUUCCCGAACCUCGGCCGGGAACGUGUCACAACGAUUCGAGACAGCUGCCCGACCAGACGCUGAACUUUAUCAAAACGCACGCGCUUAUGGACGAGUCGGUGCCGGCGUUCUUUGGAGAACCGAUUGUUAUACGAACUAGUUUUCACUACCGAUUUACGCAAAUCGCAGUUGAUCCGCAAGUGAAAACGCCUGGUGGGAAGGCGUAUGAUGUUCUGUUUAUCGGUACAGACAACGGCAAAAUAAUAAAAGCGAUCAACGCGAUCUCGUACGACUCGAACAAGCGCGCGGUGCCCGUCGUGAUCGAGGAGCUGCAGGCCUUCGCCGCGGGCUCGCCCGUGCGCGCGCUGCGCGUGGCGCGCGCCGGCCGCGACGCCGCCCGCCUCAUCGCCGUCUCCGACCGCGAGGUGCUCAGUCUGCGCCUGCACCGCUGCUCCAGCGACAAGAUCAGCUCGUGCUCUGAAUGCGUCGCGUUACAAGACCCGUACUGCGCGUGGGACAAGCAGGCGGGUCGGUGCCGCGCCUACUCCCACGGCGUCAGUCGAUGGCUCGAUGAGAACUCCUUCUACCAGAGCGUUAGCACCGGGAGUCAUGCCGCCUGUCCGCACAGUAAAGAUGCUGGGGCAGUGGGCGGGCUGAGUUCAGGAUUAUACGAUGACGCAAGAGGAGAGAACAAAGGCGAAGUCAUCAACAUCGUACAAGACAAAGACGGGAAAGGAGGGAAUGGUAAUAAUGAAGGUCCUGAAGUUCUGGCAGCUGAUCCCCCACCAGCUGCAUACUCCGUGGAGACUCUGGCGUUAGCAGUUGCUGCAGGAGCUCUAGCUGCACUCGGCGCAGGUUUCGCUGCAGGAUAUAUUUGUGGCAGGAGAUGCAAGAAGGACGAUGAUGAUAACAUGCCGUACCCUGAUACCGAGUAUGAAUACUUCGAACAGCGGCAGAAUAUUAACAGAAUCCAAGCCGAACCCAAGCUUCUGCAGCAAGUAGAAGAAGUGACCUACGCGGAGCCAGUGCUAGCUCCUCAGCCGAAGCCGGCAUCUCCCCGAGCGACCCUCAGAAAGCACCCUCCCUACCACCCCCACCAUGAGACGCUCUUCCAGUUCCAGCCUGACGCGUACCGCCGCGACAACUUCGGCACGCUGCGCUCCCACCAGGUCAAUUUAACACAGGAAUAUUCGGACCGCAGGGCGAUGGGUACAGGCGCGGCAACGACAACGGUUUCUCGACCACGCGCUCAGUGAAGAAGGUGUACCUCUGAGAAACAAGCGGGGCGGACUCGCGCGACCAAAUGCACCAUAAGCAUAACACGCACCACCACCACACGUUGGUGUCGCAGCGCAGCAGCGGCUCCGGGUCCGCGUCGGCGAGCGGCGGGUCGUCAUCGUCGCCGUCGCCGCCGUCGUCGUCGCCGUCGCCGUCGGGCGAGCGGCCGCCGACGCCGCCGCCGCCCGCGCCGCAGCCGUGCGCGUACAUCUACCGCAACUAGCGCGCCGCGCCGCCGCCCCGCCGCCCCGCCCCGCCCCGCACCGCACCCGAGGCGCCCCACCUCGCGAGCCGCCGCGCUCCGGUUCCGAGUUCAUUGGACUGAGCGCUUUGUACACAUUCCAAAUUCAAAUUUAUACAAGUGGAAAUUGUUAUUCGGAUCGCAUUCGAAUGAACGAACGAUAGGUUCUCGAGAGUGUAUUUUGUUAUGACGGUGACUCGUAGUGUUAAUGUGGAUACGUACAGGUCGCAUGCGCAUGCGCGUGCACCACGAUGAGGACAUUCUAAAUUCGUAUUUGAACGUUAAAUUGUAUAUUCGCGGAUUGUAACGCAACCUGACCUUGUGAUGGGAAAUCAUUCUUCCAAAAUAAAAUACGUACUGGUGUUUAUCCACAAUGUAAACGCUCGCGUUCUCCGCCUGAGAACGUGACGCGAGUAUCAGAUUAUUUUUUUGUAAAAGACGGAACAAUAUUAACGAUUGACGUACAUAAGAUAAAUGUAACAAAUUGUAGAUUGUUUAGAGAUAUAAAUAGUUUACGAAUAAUUUAGGUGAAAGUAUAAGUUUUUUGUUGGUAAAAUGUUGAUGAAUAGAUAAUAUGAAAUAUGAUGUUCGUUGCAGAUUUUGCGAUCGCUCUCUGGUCCCUUCUACAUUUGGUUUAUUGCUGUCUAAUCCAUAAUUUAAGUGUUUUUAAUUCUGAAAUACCUUUGUACCAAAAAAUAAACAACAGAUGUCGAAAGGUCCAUAGAAUUGUGCAAAAUUUGCAAUGAAUUCAUAAAUCGCUUUUUUACGUACAUAAUACUAUUUGUAGCAUAACAUCAUUAAUUAUAUAUACGAGGAACUUUCUUAUUCUAAAGCUCUAGUGAUGCGUAUAACUCGACAACACUGAAGGCAGCGCAGUUCCGUUAACAAAAAAGAUAAACACUAAUUAUUUUGUAGUCAAUAAAAAAAUAUUAAAACUUUAGAAUCGAUAAAUUAAUGAUGUCGAUUCUGCCUUUUGAAACAAUUACUCGAUACAAAUUAAAAUUACUAAAUGUAGCAUCGCUUGUCAAGUUUUGUCGAGAUACUAGAAUAAACGACGAUUAUAAACAUAAAAAAAACGUUGAACCAUUGUGAAACACAAAAUAUAAUAUAAAAUGAUAUAUUUAACGUAUAUAAAAAUGAUAUGUAAAGUUCUGAUACUUAUUCAUUCAUUAAAAAGUGCUUCUUAUGGGUGUAUCUAGAUUAUUAGGGGAUCGUUUGAUAAUUAAUCGAUAAUGUUAUAGAAUUAGCUAUUAUGUAUACAUAGAUAUAUAGUGUUAAGGGGCACUGUGAUGCCGCAAUGCCAAUUUAGAUUGUUGGUACGCCGUUGUUACGACAUGUAACUGUGAUCAUUGUGUACAUACAUUCUGACACUAAACCUCCUUUGUCUACUGUUUCUAAAAUUACACAAAUGUGGGCCAAAACGUUAGGAAUCUUUCGAAUGAACCUUCUUUAAACUUGCUCUUUUGUAUCUGCUAUUUAUAAGACGCUUUAAUACGUUGUUUUGUAAUAUAGCUAGUCGUUACAUUUGACCCCGAUGACGAAUAGUGUUCAGAAUCAUCUCGCUCAUUGUUGACAAUUGGAUGUGUGUAAAGAAAAUGUCAAUUCUAUUUGUAAUGACUUAGUGCCUAAGUGUAUGCGGCCAGACUGUAAUAUGUACAUUACAGCGGUUCGGUUUUUGUUUUGGACUGAUGGUAGUGCAGAUUAGAACGCCAUUAGCGUAGCGAUGCAGUAGACAAGAUGUAUUCAAAUAGCAUCGAAUGUUACCCCACAACUUUACUGUAAAUAUGUUUCGUGACAUGUUAGCGUCAUGCAUCAGUUCCAGAGUUGUGAGGUUACAUCGACACGAAAUCAUUUUAUACACAAUUAUUAUAACCGAGGCAUUCUCAUAACUGCCUUGAUAAUACUCAUUUUUCAUUUCAUCGUGUACUAUCUAUAUGAAAUACCAAAGAUGCCAUGAUUUUAAUGUAAAUUAUUUAUUUAAAGUAGUGUCUUCUAAUAACGUAUUACUUAAAAUUGUUAUUUUUUACAAAUGUAACUGCCAAUCUGUAUACUUAUUUUAUAAUUAUUAACCAAAGUAAACGCACAUAAUACUUGUUUAUUUCUUAAUUAUUAAUAUAUAUUAUUGUACGAGUAGGCGCUUUUACACGGCCAGUCCUGUUCGGAAUAUAUUUACUGAUUGCGAAAAUGAUAACCGGGUGUUACGCUACGUCAUGUCACACAUUGUACCGCCAAUUUGUAUUUGUAAGUGACGUCACAGCGUCGAGUUGUCUUUAAAGUUGUCUAUUUAUACAUACCUACUUGAUGUGAGUUGUGUAAAUACGAAAUUAAGAUAAUAUGUGUGGUUAUCAUUUUCAAUCUGUAAUGAACAAAAUUUGUAACACGUAAUACGUAAGAGAGGCUAGUACUUGUAAAUAGCGAUUUCUGUAUUAAUUAGAUUUGGUGAAGUAAAUUUAGUGUAAGCAUUAGACGUUAAGUGCAAGGAACAUUUUCAUGGUGAAUUGUUAAGAAUUGUUUUGUAUUACUAAAAAAUAAUAUUGAUGAAAUGUACAAUAACCAUUUCUACGUUUAAAUUACUGAACCACAUUUUUAUACUCGGUAAAAGUUGAUUAUAAUCAUAACAUGCCUAGAAAGUCUCUCGUAAUAAGCGUAAAAUAUUAAUUUAUAAUAUAUUGAAAAUUAUGUAAAAUCGUAUUGUACCGUAGUUAUAAUAUAGACCGCUUAAUUUUGUUUUGAAACUCGAAGCCUUAGUGUUAGAAAUUGAAGACUUUUAUUAUAAUAAAUGAAGUAACUUAAUAACAAAGGAUUUAAAGAAAGUCCGUAAGUUUUAUUAAAGAUGUGUAAUAUUAAGGUAUAGCGCAUUUAUGUCACGUUAUUCUCUAACUAUCCAUCACCUACAGUAUAUUGGAAUAUUAGGAUUCAGUUCACAAAUAAUGUUGCUUUACAUAGUUAUAAAUGUUUAUACACGCUCUAUGGUAGCUAUGUCAUCUCCUUCUAAAGUUUCUAUGUCAGUUCACAUACCAUAAACAAAUAAAUCAUAGACAUUAGCAUAAAAGGCGAGCGUGUAUAAACAUGAAUGUCUAUGGCUUUAAGUAUAUAAAAAGUAUGCCUACUGUAUUUUGUUUUAAGACUGCGUGUGCAAUAUUUAUUCUAAAAUAUAUUUUUAUUUCUUCACCUUCACUAAUACCAAUGUUUUGUCACCUCUAUUUAAACGGUUAAUUUCAUGUUGUUUUACGCAGCGCAGAUCUACAAACGUUUUAUAUAUAAAUGAUUAUAAAGACGAGUAGAAAGAAGCUAUGGGAAGUGCCUAACUUAUUUACCUACUUGCACCUAUAACUCUAUCAAUUUGGACCGGCCAUAUUGUAACUCAUACUAGACUUAACAUUGCAUUUUCAUUGUUAACGAAACCGAUUUAAAAAUAAACAAUUCUUGACAUUUACGCAAAAUAAUGGGUUUCUAAUAGUGUGCCUUUAGUAUCAAAUAGUUACUGCCCUUUAGAAACUCGAGAAUAUUUACCCCCCUAUCUCCAUUAUGACAUAAAAAUUACAACCGAAAAUAUAAUAUUAAGUCACAUUUUCACUAAAUUAGAAUGAUAGGCGUAUAAAUAAAUCGAUAUAAGUUGUUGAUACCGCAUUGAUUUGCUUUUUACACAGUCCGUCGACUUUUAAUAACAGUUUACCUGCUUUAUUAGAGUGAGAGAUGUAUCGUGGAUUGUAUUAGAACGACAUAUGACUCACUCUAACCGAAUGUAUCGCGUCAUUCCUUUAAGGCAUAGGUUUAAGUAGGGGUUUUAUAAUUAAUGCAAAAAUGCAAUUCGCAGUGAUAGAACUGUUUCACUGUAUUCGCUGCCCGUAUUUAUAGAGUGCAAUUUUUUUAUAACUAGAGACUAAUAGAUUGUAAAAUGUUGAUAGGUGAAAUAAAGAGACGUGCGUGA